AUGGGCUAUACGGGGUUCGUGCCGCCGCCGCCGCUCGCCCAUCAGUUCAGCCCUAUGCAUCGCGGCCCCGACCAGGCCCCGCUGCCCACUCCACAGCUUAGGCAACCUGCCCCGGGGAUCCAGAAUAUUGGGAUGAUUGGUUCCCUUAAUGCGUCUCAGAUGAGACCAGGAGCAAUAUCUGGUUCGCAACAGCCAAGGCCAGGUCUUCCAUCAUCAGCGACACCAUCUUCAUCUGGUAGCCAAAUGCCAGGUUCACAAAAAACCCCCAUGCAUUCUUUAUCAAGACCGAUGUCUAUGGGUUCCCCUGCGGCGUCUUUACAGCAAACUCCGGCAAAUAUGUCUUCACCGUUUAGGCCACAACAAAGGCCACAAGUUCCACAGCAAAGGCCACAAGUUCCACAACCAAGACCAUACCAUGCUGCACAAUCUGCACCUGUAGCUUCUCAACAGAAUGCACUUUCAGGACAGCAGCAGCAACCUCAGCAUCAUCAGCAGCAGCAGCAACAGCAACAGCAGCAGCAGCAGCAGCAGCAACAGCAAGUUUUACAGCAGCAGCAACAACAACAGCAGCAGCAACAGCAACAGCAGCAAAGUCAACCACAAAGUUCCUCACAGCAAAAUCAGCAAAAUACAACACUAAAAAACCAGCAGCAAGCUGCCCGGACUCCUGUCUCAUUGACUCAGAAGCCUGAUUCUCCAGCCACACUACAAGCUACUAAUAUGCAGCUUGUGGACAUGGCUUCCGCCGAUGCAGCUUCUGGUGAAUCCAGUAAUCGGCUACUCUCCAAGAGGAGUAUACAUGAUUUACUUGCACAGAUCGACCCUUCGGAAAGGCUGGAUCCUGAUGUUGAAGAUGUUCUUAUUGACAUUGCAGAAGAUUUUAUUGAAUCUGUUGGAACAUUUGCUUGUUCUUUAGCAAAGCAUAGAAAGUCGACUACUUUGGAAGCCAAAGAUGUACUCCUUCAUGCAGAGAGAAGCUGGAAUAUCACCUUGCCAGGUUUCACCGGGGAUGAAAUAAAACUAUACAAGAAGCCGCAUGUCAACGAUAUUCACAGGGAGAGGCUUACUCUGAUCAAGAAGUCAAUGGCGAGUGAAGGGAACAUAAAGACCUCUGCUGCCCAAUCUACAGCCAACCAGAAAAAUCAGGCUCCAAAGCCACCUGCCACAGGUUCUCUGUGA